GAAGCGGUGGCGAGGGGCGUGGGGAGGCCCGGAGGCUGCAGCGCCCGCCUGCCUCCUGACUUCCCCUUCUUCCGCAGAAGCAGCAGGACGGCAGCGAGGCAGGGUGAAGAGGUGGCGGCAGCAGCUUCCAGGGCAGGAGCUAGUUUUGGAGAGACCUGGGCCCCGGGCAUGGCUGGCUGCAGGGCCCUUUUCUUCUGCCUAUGCUUUCUGACUUCUCGGGGCGCGACUGCAGAGACAUCACAAGGAGUCCUGAGCUGGAUGCAGAACAUGGAGCAGGCCAAGGGCCGGAAGGUGCCUUCUCCUGCUGGGCAGGUCCAGGGCCUGGAGCAGAGGCUGCUGAAUGUCAGCUUCCGCGGCGACAACCUGACCCUAGAGACACGCACCAUCCAGUCCCGGGUCUUCAAGCUGGGCUGUGACUUCGCUGGCCUCGCACUGAGCAGCAACAAUCUGGAGCGGGCCCCGCAGGCCCAGGCCCGGCACGCCAUGCAGUUCCCCGCAGAGCUGACCCGAGAGGCCUGCUCGGCCAGACCCCAGCAGCUGCGGCUCAUCUGCAUCUACUUCUUCACCCCCGCCUUUUUCCAGGACGAAGACAACUCAUCCCUGCUCAAUAACUACGUCCUGGGGGCCCAGCUGGACCACAGACAUGUGGACAACCUCACAGAGCCAGUCAACAUCAGCUUCUGGCACAACCAGAGCUUGGAAGGCUACUCGGUGACCUGUGUCUUCUGGAAGAAGGGAGCCAGCAAGCGCCACUGGGGGACCUGGAGCCCUGAGGGCUGCCGCACAGAGCAGCCCUCACGCUCCCAGGUACUCUGCCGCUGCGACCACCUCACCUACUUUGCUGUUCUCAUGCAGGUCUCCCCCGCCCCGGUCCCCGCGGAGCUGCGGGCCCCUCUCGAGUACAUCUCCCUCGUGGGCUGCAGCGUCUCCAUCGCCGCCUCGCUGCUCGCCCUCCUGCUGCACUUCUCUGCCAGGAAGCAGGGUGACUCGGUUGCGCACAUCCACGUGAACCUGCUCGGCUCCGUGCUGCUGCUGAACGUGGCCUUCCUGCUGAGCUCCACGGCGGCCGUGGCCCCCGAGCCCGGACCGGCCUGCGCGGCUCUGGCUGCCGGCCUCCACUACGCCCUGCUCAGCUGCCUCACCUGGACCGCCAUCGAGGGCUUCAACCUCCACCUGCUCCUCGGGCGCGUCUACAACAUCUACAUCCGCAGAUACGCGCUCAAGCUCUGCGCCCUGGGCUGGGGGCUGCCAGCCCUCCUGGUGCUGCUUCUCCUCGCUGUCAAGAGCUCCGUGUAUGGGCCCUGCCCCAUUCCCAUCGCCAGCAGCCUGGAAAAUGCCACGGCCACCCAGAACGUGUCCAUGUGCUGGCUGUGCAGCCCUGUGGUGAGGGUGGUCCUGGUCAUGGGCUAUGGUGGCCUCACGUCCCUAUUCAACCUGGUGGUGUUGGCCUGGGCACUCCGGGCCCUGCGCAGGCUGUGGGCACAGAACAGGACGCGCAGCCGGGCCUGCCGGGACGCUGUCACGGUGCUGGGCCUCACGGUGCUGCUGGGCACCACCUGGGCCCUGGCUUUCUUCUCCUUUGGCACCUUCUGGCUGCCCCAGCUCUUCCUCUUCACCAUCUUCAACUCGCUCUACGGUUUCUUCCUCUUCUUGUGGUUCUUCUUCCAGAGGUGCCACUCAGAGGCAGAGGCCAAAACAGAGAUGGAGGCCUGCAGCUCCUCCCACAUGACGCAGUGACCAGCCUCUCUGGAUGCCUGCAGCUUGAGGCCCUGGCUCCUACCAGAGAGGGUGGCAGGCCUGCUGCUGGACACCAGAGCCCCUGUGCCUCCUGGGCCUUUUCUACCUCCACAGCCUCCCCAGGCGCAGAGGGAGGGCUGCGUGGUCCAGCCCCACCUGGGCCCAGUCGGCCAGGCCUACAGGCAGAGCACGGGCCUGGGAGGCAGGAGGCCACAUUCCCAGGCCUGGCUCUGAGUCUUGCCGAGUGACCUUGGGCCUAACAUGGACCCUUGGUUUCCACAUCUGUGACUUGGGGACAAGAGACUUACCAGGAGCUUUGUGAAGAUUGAAGACCAGGGAAUAGGAAUGUCAGAUGGGUGACAUGCCCACCUGGCUUCACCCUGUGACCUCCACCUGCCUUCUGAAGUGGGGAGGACCAGACUUCACCUGACCCAAGGCCCCUGCCCAGCACCUGGAGACCCACCCACCAUCUCAGACCUCAGCAGCCUAUGCACAGGGCUGCUUUUCCUUUAAUCCCCCAAUGAUAACGUCCAACUGCAAGUCCAUCCUUCCCAAAGAUAGGGAGGUCCAGUCCUGUCCAAAGCAUCCUCCUCCAAUGCUUCCAAGACCCCCAUCGUCCUUUCAGAUCAGCAGCCAAGGCCACAGGGCUUCCCUGGGGCUGGGGGGGAAGCUUCUCCCUGCAGUUGAACCUCAUCAGUCACCGACUAAUAGAUGUCUGGGGAAGGCUGAAUUUCCCCUGGUGGGCAUGAGGGUGUGGGUUCUAAAUCCCAAGCUCUAGUGGUCUCAGUGGCAGAGGAUGACCUGUGGGAACAGGUAGGAGACAUCACUCACGAAGCCAGUGCUUUCCCCAGGACGGACACCAGGCGGCGCUGUUGGCCUGUGCGCAGAGGCAUUGGCACCAGGGCUGCACCUGGAAACCCAGCAGUCACCUGUGGACGCCAUGCACCAGCUGGGGAGGCUGGCACCUCCAGGACCGCGCCUGUUGAGUGACUGCAGAAGGAGACCCCAGGGAGCUGCGCGAGGUCACCUGGAGCACUCCUGGCACUGGCGUUCCUGGCUGGGGCUCCUCCCAGGGGGAUCCUCUUCCCCUCUGUACAUUUCUGGAUGCGACUAGCUCCUCACUAGCUGGCGAGUGGGGCCACUUGCUAGCUGUGUGACUGUGGGCAAGUCACUCAACUGUGCCUUCCUUCCCAUCUGUACCAUAGGGACAGUGUCAGCACCUACUCUGAGGAGUCAGCGAAAGAAUCCAUGUAAAGAGGCGUGGUACUCAAUG